AGGUAUUGCUUUGUAUGCUAGAGUAGACUUGAAGAUAUUUUAAAAAAACAUCAAUGGCAGCAAAAAGAUACGGUAACAGCGGUAAUUCUGAAGGAAGGGAAGAUUCUCCGGGACUUCCUGCAUCACGUUAUUCCGAUCGUCGCGGCGGUCCACCUCCUUAUAGAGGUCGCGAACCUCCUGCAGGACGUGUUUAUGUUGGAAACUUACCAAAUAACGCAGAUCGAGGUUUAAUUCAGGAUCUUUUCUCUAAAUUUGGAACUAUACUAGAAAUAUCUAUAAAACGAACAAUAAGUGGAAGUCCGUUUGCUUUUGUUGAAUUCGAAGACCCUCGUGAUGCUCAAGAUGCUAUUCAAGAUCGCGACGGUUACAAGAUUGACGGUUGCGCCUUGAGAGUUGAGAUUCCUUUUGCUGCUCGUGGAGGUGGAGGACGCCCUAGUAAUAAUACUCAUAAUCGAGGACCUCCUCGACGUGCUGAUUAUCGAGUGAUUAUCCGUGGACUUCCCCCGAGUGGAAGCUGGCAAGAUCUUAAAGAUCAUAUGAGGGAAGCUGGCGAUUGUGUCUACACCGACGUUUUCAGAGAUGGUACUGGUGUUGUCGAGUUCGCAAGACGAGAAGAUAUGGAAUAUGCAUUAAGACAUUUAUCAGACUCGCGAUUUGUUUCACACGAAGGAGAACAAAGUCGAAUUACAGUGACGCGUGAUGUAGAUGAUGAAUACGAUCGCCGAUCGUAUGAGAGAUCUCGUUAUCGUGGACGUUCACCUUAUGGUGGUAGAGGUUACAGUGGUGAUCAUUAUGGCGUGUCACGCCAUGGAGGUGACAGAGGUCAUGAAAGCCGGAGACAUGAACGUGUUUAUUCAAAAAAUGAUGGCGAAAGAUUAAGCGAGAGAUCGUCUAGUCGCCCACGUCGCUCUGUUAGUUAUAGUAGAAAAUCCAGAUCAAGAUCACGAAGCUACCGUGGUCAAUACUAACGCUUGUUGUUUUCUUAUAAUUUAUAAAAGCAUUUCAAACAAAAAAUAAAACCUUUCUUUACAUUAAAAAUUAAAAAAAAUUCUUGUUUUUCAUAAGCAAUUGUGUUAUUGAAUCGACGCAC